AUGCCUGGAAUGUCCUUUGAGCAGAUGCUUGUAGUCACACUCAUGUUAUGGGAAACCCGAGAAAGGAAGGGUCCUCAUGCUAUAUCAAACUUGUGUGGUAGUGUGGCCAACGAUGAGCCUCUGGGUAAUCAAUCCAGGCGCUCCUGCCAACAUGGUGAACGUUCUAAGACCCGCCGGAUAUUCUGCAAGAAAUGUGGGAAGCACCAACCCCACAAGGUGACCCAGUACAAGAAGGGCAAGGAUUCUUUGUAUGCCCAGGGAAAGCGGCGUUAUGACAGGAAACAGAGUGACUAUGGUGGUCAGACUAAGCCUAUUUUCCGCAAAAAGGCUAAAACUACAAAGAAGAUCGUGCUGCGACUGGAGUGCGUCGAGCCCAACUGCAGAUCUCAGAGGAUGCUGGCUAGUAAGAGGUGCAAGCAUUUUGAACUGGGAGGCGACAAGAAGAGAAAGGGCCAAGUGAUCCAGUUCUAAGCCGAUUUUGUUAUGAAGACAGUAAAAUCUUGACCUUUCACCCCUUUUGAUUGUCUUUGGUGAGGGAAUAAAUUAAAGCUUUCAUAAA